AUGAGGCCUAAGAAAAAGGCCAAAUCUGAUGGGCCAAUACGAGUUGGGCCUUCUGUUGCACCUACUGGGGUAGCGCCAUGUGGGCACUAUAGUAGACGCCAUCCGGGUGAUUGUUGUAGAACUAUUGGGGCGUGCUUGAGAUGUGGGUCGACUGAGCACCGUGUUCGGGAUUACCCGUUGAGAACUGAUCAGGUGCAAGCUCUAGGUUCUGGUAUUGUACAACCGCUGAAAGUAGUUCAACAGCCAUCUAGGGGCCGAGGUCAGGCCAGGGGUGUUAAUGCAUUGAUAGACAUAGGCUCUACCCAUUCAUAUGCAGCUAGUACUGUGUCUGAAACCUUGGGGAUUCCAAUCAAGGGUACUGAUAGUGAGGUAACUAUGUUAAGUCCUUUGGGGCAAUCUAUUCAGGUGAGUAAGCUGUAUAAAGAUGUUCCGCUAGAGGUCCAAAGGACAGUAUUUCUGGCUGAUCUAAUGGAGCUUCUGUUUGGGGAGUUUAAUCUGAUUUUGAGAAUGGACUGGCUGGUUAAACAUCAGAUAAGUCUAGAUUGUACAACAAAAAGGGUUAUCUUGAGGACCGAGGAGGACAGUGAGGUAGUGGUAAUUGGGGAUCGACGAGACUACCUGACUAAUGUGAUCUCAGCUUUGGUAGCAAAAAAGUUGGUUCGGAGAGGAUAUGUGUUUCCUGAGGAGCUACCGGGGUUACCUCUGAGCCUGGGGGUAGAUUUUAGGAUUGAGUUAUUUCCUGGCACAUCUCAGGUGUCUAUCGCCCCUUACCAAAUGGCAUCGAAAGAGCUGACUGAACUUAAGGCUCAGAUUCAAGAGUUGUUGGAUCGUGGGUUCAUUCGUUCUAGUGUGUCUUCAUGGGGAGCACCUGUUCUUUUCGUGAAAAGAAAGAUGGGACAAUGA